GCCUAGAAGUAGCCACUUUUAAAACUUAAAAAGGUGCGUAAUAGCUUACCGAUUGAGCACUCUUGCGUCGAAGAUGAACGGAGCUAGGCGAUCUGUUGAAGCUGUGGGAUGUCAAAAUACACCGACAGGUUUUUUUUGUAAAGGUAUAUAAUUAGCUUUCAAUAUAUAUAUAUAUAUUUUUGAAUUUUGGGUCUAUUAACUCUCUAUAUAUUUAAUAAAGAUAUAUAAUUAGUUGAAUCUUUUGUUAUUUCUUCAUAAGAGUGAAGAUUUGUAUAAAUACGAUAAGUUUACAUUUAUAUUAUUUUUUCAUCAUCAAAAUUAGCAAACAGGGUCACGUGAGAAGCACAUGGAUGACAGAAUCACUAAUAUACUCCUCAUCCACUCCACCCAACUCAAAUAGACAAAUACCAAAAUUCAAAACUCCCUUCCUAGCCACACACCUCACUCUCUCUCUGUAAAUAUCCACUUCCCCAUUAUCCCCUCUCUCUCUCUCUCUCUCUCUCUCUCUUCUCUUUCAAUGGCUGCUGUGCUGCCGUCGUCGUCGCUUGCUCCGGUAGCUGCCGGUUAUUCCUUCUCUAAUCGUCGUUCAUCUGUUAGAUUCUCUCAGUUUAAAGGCCUUAAGAUCCAGUCAACUCGAUCAUCCAUAUCCACUACCUCUUCAUCCAAAAUCGUUCCCCGUGGUGGACGCAUCGUUUGCGAAGCUCAGAAUACCGCCGUCGAAGUGGCUGCUGUUAAUGAUAAAACAUGGAAGUCACUUGUAGUUGAGUCUGAUUUACCUGUACUGGUUGAAUUUUGGGCUCCGUGGUGUGGUCCAUGUCGAAUGAUCCACCCUGUCGUUGAUGAACUAGCCAAGGAAUAUGGUGACAAGCUUAAAUGCUACAAGCUGAACACAGAUGAAAGUCCUUCCAUUGCAACCCAAUUUGGAAUCCGAAGCAUCCCAACUGUGAUGAUAUUCAAGAAUGGAGAGAAGAAAGAUGCAGUCAUUGGUGCAGUUCCUAAAUCAACACUAACCACCUGCAUAGAAAAAUUCGUGUAAAAUGGCAUAUAUAGAUAUAUUACCUGGGAAUUCACUCAUAUAUUCCCAUUUAGCCACCAGUGCGGCAAUUAUUUAAGUAAACCUGAAAUGCUCCUGUAUAGUUGGGUUGCAUCAUGUUUCCACUUAAUUUGACGUUACGUUGAUUGUUGAUAGUCGAAUGUUUCUCAUGUUUAGACAUUCACUUUUGUCUGUAAAGGCUUUAACAAAGCAUAAUCUUACACGAUUUGAAUAAAAACUCGGAUAGUUCUUACCU